CAACGGUCAGCGACCACCGUAUGUGUGCGCGUGUUCUGGAGUCUAUUUGUACUCUAUGCUGUUCUUCUGUCGUUCAUUUGUGGUUUCUAGACUUGUCCUGCCAGCCCUGUUGAUGGUUGACUGCUCUUACAGCACUCUGCUGUAUAGCGUGGCAUCACUUGCUUGAUGAUACCCGGAGGCCCCGAGCAGCUGAUAGUUCCUCAUGGUUGUCAAUUCUAGUCAUUGCCUCCGGUUCCGAAUGCUGUGUUUCAAUAUGAUAUGGGAUUGCUCCGCGAACUUCUCAACCUUUCACUGCUAUGCUCACGCAUCGUGCGCUUCAAAGAGCUCGACCAGUAGCAGCACCAGUCUCUCCCCGUAGUCUCAUCCAGACGAGAUCACCCGAAGAAUGCAAUCCACAAACAGCUUCACCUCUAUUCUCCACCAUCCCACCCGAAAUCCGUAACAUCAUCUUCCAGCUUGCUCUAUGUAGCUACCCAGACGAAUCCCGGGCAUAUCCUGGCAACGCUUACUGCUUUCGUCCAGGAUACGAAUACUAUCAGCGCAUAGACACAGAUCUCCUCCUCACCUGCCAUCGCGUCUACAACGAGACUCGUCUCCUGCCUGUCAUCGGGAACGAACAUGUGUUCUGGUGUCACCGUGGCCCGCCGGGGUCGAGUGCGAGGCCAGCCGUAUACUUUGGUAAGAUGACGAAGGAGCAACAGGAUGUCAUCGAUUGCGUGCACUUUUUCACGCAGCUGUACUGGCUCGAGGGAACCUUCCCGGCAGCCUGUUCGAUCGCUGAAAUGCGUCCGAGAAAGGUGAAGAUUACGAUAAGACACUCGGAUUGGUGGUACUGGGAGAAUAAUCACUUGUUGGUGCUGAAGGACGGAUGGACGAAUGAGAUAAGGCUGUUGAAGCGCCUCGAGGAAUUUGAGAUUGAGUUGGAGACGUUUGAGAGGAACAAGGACCAGAUGCUAGCCAUAGCUCAGAGAAUACGCAAUUGGAACAUUGAUCUUUGGGAUGGGCGCGUCCUGAGCACCAAGGGACAUUCCCUUGUUCAUGAUCACUGGAGAGGAACGUCUGUUUUUGCAGACAAUAUUGGGUAUGAUAGGGAGAAUAACUCUUGGACUCGGCGAUCCAGGGUUGUGCGUCCUGUCGCUCCGUUAGUAUACAAUACGGUAACACUCAAGUGGACUGCAGUAGCGAAAGUAUGAAAAUCGUCCUAUUGUCGAGUUCAGGAUUACAUUGGAUAGAUACCAUUAUGAGUAGAAGCAUAGGGAUGUGAUAUGUUGGGAAGGAAAAAAGCACCGCAAGGAUAAGGAAGACAAGGAAG